UCCACCGGUUUCCUGUCCCGUCGAUCUUUUAAAAAAAAUCCCAUUACCCAAUUCACUUGCGAAAUAAUUUGGGUGCUUUUUUGAUGUCCGGAAAUCGAACACUAGAAAUCUGGGCCCCAAGAUUUUUCUAACAGUUUGGUCAAAGAAAAACUGAUAUCGAGUUCUAUGCCCAAAAUCCAACCGGAUCUAAUAAUUCCCAAAAUUUGUCAACUAACUUUCUCAAUAAUUUUGGAGCUCAGCUUUACAGUGCCCAUAUUCCCUGAACUAAUUAUCUAAUUAUUCAGACUAAUUAUGGGUAACGCCCUUCCAAGAAUUCCGUUCAACGAAGUUAAUUUGGUGCCAGGAAAUGUUCUCAUCGAAAUUGACAAAAAAUAUAAAAACGAAGCUCGCAGUAGAGACACGGGUCAGAGGGCUAGUAUGGACGAUCUCAUUCUUGGAAGGGUUGUUCGUGUAGCUGAAGCAUCAACGUUUAAUCAAGGCGGGGCAAUGAUAACUGGCCAUCUUAAAGUUGGGGAUGAGGUUUGGGUUCGCGGACGCAAAGGCUAUCCUAUUGAGGUUGAUGAAGGUGUUCGCCUCUUUGUUUUUAAUGAAUGGGAUGUUGCUAUCAAUUUGGGCAGUGGAGGAGUGUCGUCUGAUCAACCUCCAACGUAUAGUGAAAAAAUGAUGCCAUAUUAAAAAUUUAUUUGAAUCAGCUAAUUCUUUAGGCUUUUUUAAACUUGCUUGAUAAAUUAUUGAAAAUGUUAUG